CACGAAUGAGCAAAUACUACCCGAGAUAGUGUCUAACGAGUGUUAUCCGGACGGGGUACUCACCAUAGGUAUAAAUACAGCACAAAUGCCAACUCCGGCCCUCAAAUAAGAAAUGUCGCGGUUUUUAUUGCUACUUCUCUCAAGCAGUGUCUUCGGUGCCACCUUAAAGAAAGACAAGCGUAUUGCUGACGGCCAACCAGCAGGGGAGGGUGCUUUUCCUUACCUGGUUUCUAUACGUAUCGAUGGGCAACAUGAAUGUGCAGGAUCCAUACUUGAUGCCACCACAAUUCUCACUGCAGCUCACUGCUUAUUUGGAUUCCAACAAAUGUCUAUGACUGUCACCGCAGGUUCUAUUACACUGGACACAGGCGGCGAUACGUAUGAAGUCUCUGUUCGCCGUAUGCACGAAUUUUAUGACCCGUACACGACACGAGGAUUUAAGAACGAUAUUGGAAUAUUGAAAUUAAAGACCGCGAUCAAGUUCUCUGACAAGGUUCAACCUAUACGAUAUCUAGCAGCUGGCGACGUAGGCGUCUCAGUUCGCUGUGUUUUGCCUGGGUGGGGAAUGACGAAGGAAAACGGAGAUAGAACCAACCAAUUGCAGUUUGUGUAUUUGCUAACCUUUCCUACUGAAACAUGCAGUGAGACCUGGUUAGCUUCUGAAUAUAAGUUUAGCAUUGACGAUAGACAGCUUUGCACUUUUACACAAGAUGGUCAAGGAUCAUGCAAAGGGGAUUCUGGCGGUCCGUUAGUUGUUGGAACUGGAUUCCAAAUUGGUAUUGUGUCAAUGGGACUUGGAUGCGGCAUAGGGCCUGGUGUCUUCACUAAGGUUGCCUACUACAAAGACUGGAUCGAGAGGAACAGAAAAUAAAUUCUUCUCUGUCAAUGUGUUAUAAAAUUACAAAGUAGUAAAAGACAUAAUUACUGAAAUUCACUUAACCAAUUUUUUGUUAUCGCUUUUGCUGCAAACGUUGGAAGAUAAUAAUUAAUAAAAAUUAAAACGA